CGCCACUCCUUGUACGGCGCAAAUGAGUCGUGUCUAAAGACAACCUCACCCUCUCGGUUCCUCGACUCCCCAUUACCUCUCCGCUUCCCAGUUACCUGGUUUCUCUUUGGAAAUGGGAAUGUUUCGCGGAUCAAGGAAGAAUCAGAAGAUGUUCUUGGAUAAGCUGUGUAUUUUCGUAUUUUCAACCUUUCCGACAGCAUUUUGGUCUCCAGUAUUAUGCUCUGUAGAACAGAGAAUCAACUACAAUGGUCUGGGUGACAACACUGUAUGUCCUAAUAUAAGGAUCGGACAAGAUGACUUGCCAGGAUUUGAUCUUAUCACCCAAUUCCAAUUGGAUUCAAUACCACUGCGGGGUGUGGGGAGAGUGGAAGGUUCCACUCCACUGCAGAUUGCUUUCAGACUUGACAGAGAGGCCAACUUUGAAAUCCCAACGAGAAUAAUUUACCCACGGGGAUUGCCUGAAGAUUAUUCCUUUGUCACCACCUUCAGGAUGGUAAAAAACACAGUUAACAAAGUGUGGAACGUGUGGCAGAUUGUGGACGAAAAUGCCAAUAAGCAAGUUGGCCUAAGGUUGAACGGGGACACGCAGUCCUUGGAGUUUUAUUUAGUCAGCUCGGAUAGUAGUUUGCAAUCUGCCGUUUUCCAAGGUGUUUCACAGAUUUUUGACACUGACUGGCAUAAGAUCCUAGUCGGCGUGGAGAGGGACACUGUCAGCUUAUUCGUGGACUGUCAUCAUGUUGCAUCCCAGUCCAUCAAACCAAAGGGCACUGUUGAUGUCGAUGGUGAUACUCUGAUCGGGCGUCUGGACACAAACCCUGAAGUAUCAGUAGUGUUUGAACUACAGUGGAUGUUGAUUCACUGUGACCCACAACGAGCGCACCGUGAAUCCUGCGCUGAGCUAUCCAUACAGCAGCCUGAUUUCGAUUUCAGACCUGAUUAUGGAAAACCAAGCCAGCCAGGUCCAAUGGGACCUCCAGGUUUUCCUGGGUCACCAGGUCCUUCAGGAUUUCCAGGGAUUCCUGGAUCAACUGGGAUGGAUGGAAGAGAUGGAGUUGAUGGAGCGGUGGGUCCUCCUGGUCAUUCAGGUCUUCCAGGCCAGAAAGGAGAAAGAGGUGAUACUGGUUUCAUUGGACGACCCGGAAAACCGGGCAUUCCAGGCAUUAAUGGUCGUCCGGGUCUAAUUGGACCAGUGGGGCCAGAAGGCCGUGUGGGUCCGCCUGGUGUUCCUGGGUCAGAAGGUCCACCAGGGGUGUCGAAAAGUGGAAAUCCAGGACCACCUGGUGAAAAUGGUCUUGAUGGUGAACCUGGACUUCCUGGACCACCUGGUCAACCUGGAACAAAUGGAGGACCUGGUUCACCUGGACCUCCGGGACCUAUAGGCCCGCCAGGUGCAGCAGGAGAUGGAAGUGGUGAAGUUGUGUGUACAGUGUCCUGUCCCACAAGCCCGCCCGGACACCCUGGGCUACCCGGAUUUAAGGGCCAUAAAGGCCAAAAAGGUGUUGCUGGAGUUGCGGGUAAGGAGGGUCUGAAGGGGGAUCGUGGUUCUCCUGGGCCACAAGGUAUCAGAGGGAUUCCUGGAUCUGAGGGUUCUCGCGGACCUAGAGGUUUUCCUGGCUUAUCAGGAGACAAAGGGAGCAAAGGAAUUCCAGGAUUUAAUGGUUUGUCUGGGCCUCCAGGCCCACUAGGGCCUACAGGUCCUGAAGGUACAAGAGGUGGAAUUGGAGAACCAGGCAUCAAGGGUCCCAAGGGCCCAGAAGGAUCUCGAGGACCAUAUGGUGCUCCAGGACCUAAAGGUGAACCUGGUGCUCCGGGGCUUGCUGGCCGGGAUGGAAGUCCUGGAGUUGAUGGCAUGAAGGGUGAUGCUGGAAUACCAGGCCGAAUGGGAGAAACCGGAAUUCGAGGUUUACCUGGAUUACAUGGAUCACCAGGACAGAAAGGUCACGCCGGGGAAAAGGGGGAUACUGGUGAGGUGGGAUCGAUGGGACCUCUUGGAAUUCCAGGGGAGCCUGGUGAACCAGGAACACCAGGACACAGAGGAGACCAAGGUCCACGUGGCUCUCUUGGAACUCCUGGAGAGACUGGACUCAUUGGACCUCCUGGUUUACCUGGACCUGCGGGAACAAAAGGUGACUGUGGUCGACCAGGGCUUCAAGGACCUCAUGGUUUUCCAGGGGGAAGAGGAGAUAAGGGAUCUUCUGGCAUUCCUGGCCAUAAAGGAAAUGGGGGGAAACCAGGUGUGAAAGGUGAAACUGGACGAAAGGGUGAACAGGGAAUUCCUGGUGUUCAAGGCAGGAAAGGAGAGGUUGGCACUCUCGGUGGUAAAGGCCAAACUGGUUCACAAGGACCUCGUGGAUGGCAUGGGCUUCAGGGACCACCAGGUCCAGUUGGUGCUCGAGGAAUGGAAGGAAUACAAGGAACUCCGGGGUUUCCUGGCUCACCAGGUAAACAUGGCAAAGAUGCAAGUGAACACCGGAUCAGGGAGGUAUGCAUGAGCAUAAUUCAAGAGCAAAUGUCUCAACUGUCUGCUAGCUUAAGGCAACCAGUAAUGCCUGGACAACCAGGCCGGCCUGGACCAUCUGGUCCUCCAGGACCUGCUGGACCUCCAGGAGUUGCAGGCCAUCCAGGUGCUGUCGGCCCAAAAGGUAUCAAAGGUCACCAAGGUUACCCUGGUCAACCAGGAUCAAAAGGACAACAAGGAGAAAGGGGUGAGAAGGGUGUAGAAGGUAUCGGUCUUCGCGGAUCACCAGGCCCACAAGGAUCACCCGGUAUUGUCGGUAUGCCUGGCAUUGGAAAGGAUGGCCGUGAUGGUGCCCGUGGUGAAAUUGGCCUUCCAGGUGAACAAGGACAUCCAGGCCCACAUGGGCUAAGAGGAUUUCCUGGUAUCUGUGAUGCUUCUUCAUGCAUGGGUCCACCUCAUCUCUACAUGGGUAUGGGAAUUGGCAAGAAAUCUAUGAGCAUGAAAGGGCCGUCCAAAUAACAGAAAACAGUCAUUAUGUGUAAGAAAGAACUGCAAAUGCUGGUUUAAAUGGAAGGUAGGCACAAAAUGCUGGAAUAACUCAGCGGGUGAGGCAGCAUCUCUG